GCGCGCGCUGUUGAGAAAUCUCCUCAGUCACUCACUCACUGACAUGCACAGACAUUCAAGCAGGAUUAACCCUGUGCGGAGAAGAUACCUGUGCCAAAACUGCUUUUGGUAGUCUACUGAGGAAAACGAAAGGGGAAACCGACAUACAUUCGUUUUGUCAUUACGUUUUGAUAUUAUUUUCCGGUCUAUUAUAUGUUACCAUUCCGCGAAGAACUGAGAAAACGAAGAGCACCAUCAAAUUUCCUGAGAACCUGUACUCUCAUAAAAUACCUCAUAUGAGUGUUUGAGGAUUUAUGGACUGACAAUAGGGCUGGUUGAUGGUUUAAAACAGUUUUCGUGUUGAGAAGCAACACCUUAGACAUUUAACAUCAAUUAUCCGGCGUAAUUUCUAUUUUAUUAAUACUUACGCCAUCAACCUGACGCGCAGUCGUGGGGAUGGCGGGGAGAAACGCGGACACUUAUGGAUUGUUUGCCGACGGAAGGAUUUUAUGCUUUCUUGAUGUCUGGAUUUUUUAAAACAGCGGUGUCUGUGUUACCUCGAAGGAAGCAGCUGUAGUUGAUUCUCAGACGAGAGACGCAGGGAGCUGGCGAGCGGAGAAAAGUGAUCGACGAAGACCGAGGUGUCACCUCUCCGAGGGCUCAUGGAUCUCCCUGUGGUGUUGUUUCUGCUGUGGGGACUAUUACUGGACUUGUUGAGUGGUGUGGUGGGUGGCAUUCUCUACCGUGUGCAUGAGGAACAACCUCCCAGCACCCUGAUUGGCAGUCUGGCUGCUGACCAGGGCUUACCCGACACCGGGCACCUGUACAAACUGGAGGUGGGUGCUCCCUACCUGAGGGUGGAUGGAAAAACUGGGGAUAUCUUUACGACCGAGAUCCCCAUAGACAGAGAGACACUGAAGGAUUGUCGCAACAAAGGCAAGCCCUGCUUUCUGGAGUUUGAGGUGUCCGUCACAGACCUCAUUCACAAUCAGAGUCCACGGCUGAUAGAGGGAAGGAUUGAGGUGAUUGAUAUCAAUGAUAACACACCGCAGUUCCCCUCACCUGUUCUCACCCUUUCAGUUCCAGAGAACACCCACAUGGGGGUGCUCUUCUCAAUUCCACUUGCCACAGACAAAGACACGGAGAGGAAUGGAGUAUCUGAUUACACCUUAACAGCGGGACCAGAGGCUGUAGCGCUCUUUGGUCUGCAGGUUGCAGAAGACCGAGGUGAAAAAUUGCCUCAGCUCAUUGUGUUGGGAGGCCUUGAUCGAGAGCUAAAAGAUUCCUAUGACCUUACCAUCAAAGCAGUGGAUGGAGGAAAUCCACCUCGCUACAGCAGUGCCUUGCUGAGGGUCGUCAUCGCUGAUGCCAAUGACAAUGCACCCAAAUUUGAAAAAUCGUCCUAUGAAGCAGAAGUUGCAGAAAACAGCCCGAUCGGACACUCUGUGUUGCAGGUGAAGGCUAAUGAUUCAGACCUGGGCCCUAAUGGUGAGAUUGAAUACACAUUACAUCAGGCCAUUGAUCCUGUGCCAAAACUACUCCGGAUAGACCGUUCCACAGGCGUCAUAUACGUCAAAGGUCCAUUGGAUCGUGAGGAGAUCAACAAUCUGAAAUUUUACGUUGUUGCCCGAGACAAAGGCCCCUCACCUAAAAGUUCUAAAACAUAUGUUUCUAUUGAUGUGACAGACCAGAAUGACAAUGCACCAGCGGUUGAGAUUCGUGGCAUUGGUCUUGUGAUCCAUAAUGAUGGGGUGGCAAACAUUUCAGAGGAUAUGCCAGUUGGCACUGCGGUAGCAUUGGUGCAAGUUUCAGAUAAAGAUGAAGGGGAAAAUGCUGUGGUGACCUGUGUGGUUGCAGGUGAUGUUCCUUUCCAACUUCGGCCAGCCAGUGAUUCCUCAGUUGACAACAAAAGGAAGUAUUUUCUGCAGACCACAACCCCUCUAGACUUUGAACGGAUAAAGGACUACCGGGUGGAGAUAGUGGCAGUGGAUUCAGGCAACCCAGCUCUAUCCAGCACUAACUCACUGAAAGUCCAAGUGACAGAUACAAAUGACAAUUCACCCAUUUUCUCCCCAACUCUGUUUGAACAGGAGUUUCCUGAGGAGAACCAGCCAGGUGAAAAAGUGUUAGAUGUUGUUGCCUUAGAUGCAGACAGUGGAACAAAUGCCGAGCUGGUCUACAACAUUAUUGCAGACUCUUCAACUAGGGGGCUUUUUGAGAUUGACCCCAACUCAGGUGAAGUUCGUGCUCGGAGCCCUCUGGAUCGUGAGCACAAGGAGCGCUAUGAGUUCCGUGUUACUGCAACUGAUAAAGGGGUUCCCAGUCACAGGGGUACUGCCACAGUUGUAAUUAAGGUUCUUGACAGAAACGACAAUGAUCCCAAGUUCAUGCUAAGUCUCUACAGCUUCUCAGUCUUGGAGAACAUGCCACCCCUUAGCCCUGUUGGCAUGGUAACAGUACAGGACAUGGAUGAAGGUGGAAAUGCUCAAGUACAACUUUCUGUGGAACCAGAUGUGGGGAAAUUUGUCAUCCAAAAUGGUACAGGCACUAUUCUGUCUAGUAUCUCAUUUGACAGAGAGAAGGAGAGCAGUUAUACAUUCCGUUUAAAAGCUGUAGAUGGAGGAGACCCACCCAGGUCAUCAUACGUUGGUGUAACCAUCAAUGUCCUUGACGAAAACGAUAAUGCGCCUGUUGUCACCAAACCGUCAAACUCAUCCUUCAGACGUCUGUCUCCCAUGGCUGCUCCAGACAGUGUUGUGGAGGUGGUGGAAGCAGAAGACAUUGAUUCUGGAUCCAAUGCUGAGCUAGUAUACAGCAUUGCUGGGGGAAAUCCACAUGAUCUUUUUUAUAUCUCUCCAUCCGAUGGGGAGAUCACGUUAACCAAGGAGCUAACUCGCAAACACAGUGGUCUGCAUCGACUGGUUGUAAGAGUUAGUGACAGAGGCAAGCCAAGCCGUCAUGCCAUUUCUUUGGUACACAUUUACGUAAACGAGACCAUUUCUAAUGUAAGUCAUGUGGAGGCACUUGUGGGACAUAGCUUGUACACCCCACUGGACAUGGACAUUGCAGGAGAUCCAGAUUAUGGCAUGGCUGCCCAAAGAAGCAACAUUGUGUAUGGCAGUUUGGCUGGAGUGGCAGGGGUGGUCACUGUCAUUGUUGUGGUGGUCUUCAUCAGGCAUCGUCUCCAAAGAGAAGCUAAAAGUGGUUAUCAGGCUGGAAAAAAGGAGACCAAAGAUCUGUAUGCUCCCAAGCAGGGACCAAAAAGUGGCAAAGGGAGAAAGGGUAAAAAAGGUAAGCCACCAAAGGCACCCAAACCUCUUGGAGAGGAUGAAGAGGUCAGCCUUCAAAAGAGCCUAAAAUUUAACCUCGAUGGGGUAAAUGACAGCCCCAGGAUCCAUUUGCCUCUGACAUAUCCGCCUGGAAGCCCUGACCUAGGCAGACACUACCGUUCCAACUCCCCACUGCCUUCCAUCCAGCUCCAGGCCCAGUCCCCAUCUGCCUCCCAAAAGCACCAGGUUGUCCAGGAGCUCCCUGCUGCCAAUACCUUUGUGGGAACAGGCGGUGAUGACAACUCGACCGGCUCUGACCAGUACUCGGAUUACAGCUACAAGACCAAUCCACCAAAAUACAGUGCAAAAACGCUCCCACAUCGCAGAGUGACGUUUUCCACUGCCAAUCCGAUGCAGGACCAGCAAGACUCUUCCCAGCAGAGUUACUACGACAGUGGCUUGGAGGAGUCUGAGACCCCCAGCAGCAAGAGCUCUUCGGGACCUCGCAUUGGCCCCCUCGCCCUGCCCGAGGACCAUUACGAACGGACCACUCCAGAUGGCAGUAUCGGAGAGAUGGAACACCCAGAAAACGAUAUCCGCUCAUUGCCUGACGUUGCCAUGACGGGAAAUUGCAGUCAGGAGUGUAGCGAGCUGGGUCACUCAGAUGCCUGUUGGAUGCCCGGUCAGCCUUCACCUGUCCGCAAGACCCGCAAUCCCCCCAAACUGUCUACGUUUGUGCCUUAUCAGGAGAGGGGGAGCCUGGGACGCCUGGCCAAUGGGAGUUUGAGGCUUGGGGGAGAGGAGAACAGGCCACGCCUCCCACCUUCCCGUAGUGCCUACUCCAGUAGUGACCACAACCCCAGUGACCACGCCCCACUGGAAGAGGUGCCUCUGAGCGUGACAUCAGAGUUCCCACCCACCAGUCCGACCUCGAAUCACGCCUCGAAACGGGAGAUAUACCUGUGAGAUAACCACGCCCAACAUCUUCGAUCGAUGCACAUCAAAAGUUACAGAGACACGGUUUAGAAACGACAUUUGUAAACCCGAACCUGCGACAAGAUGAAAACGAAUUUAAUAGUUGAAAAAUUGGUCAUUGGAAAUGUGUUAAAGAGUUUUAUUUAUCUUAUUUAUUUAUUCAUUCAUUCAUUCAUACAUAUAUUUAUUAUACUUUCUGUUUUAAACCAUUGUUUUUACAUGCCAUCAGAAACGAUUCAUGAAUACUUUGAUGACGUUUAGCUUUGCUAGCCUGCAAAAUGUCAAUGGGUUCUUUCAAUAGAUUACCAAGUGCUGUAGUGCCACGGUCAGGGUACUGUAAAGGGUUCUGAGCCACAUACAGGGUGUAUAACACUCCUAAUCCUGUUCUCAGAGUGGAGCAGACUUUAUAUGUAUAUCUAAAACGCUGUAAAUACAUUUGUAUGGUGUAUAUAUAAAUAUCAAUUACUAUCAGGCGUGAGUUGAAACAUAACAAAAAAGGUACAUCUAAACCAGCCUGAUGACACCCGAGUGUACAGUCAGAUGUCAGAACUGCUGCUUUUGAGGGACAGGUGUGCGUUUUUAAGACUCUGAGACCCUCACUUGCUGUGCCGUAUGGUCGUAUGCGCAUUGCAACACAGUGUAUAGUUUGUGGCCGUUCAUUAGGUUUGUGAGGGGGGGUUUAACACAGAUUAACACACUAUGACAGAGCUUAACAUAUGCCUGUGUCUGAUGGGCGUCAGGGGACCCACUGUCACGAAAAAUUAACACGCGCGGCUUCUGGAACAUUAGCAGGCUUUCAACAGAUGCGAAAAUGCUUGCGUACUUUUGCGUCGUGCAGCAAAACUUGUGUUUUUUGGCACUGUGAAUUUUUCAUUCCACCUGAAGUCCCGCGGUGCAAUGCACUCACUGUCUGGCACUCGCAAAGAUGCCUACAGCUAACGAAGGACAGCAUCAGUUAGGAGGAGAUCGUCUGGCUCCCCUCAGAUUAUCAACAGAGUUUCGUAAACUAUGACACAAUUGCGAUUGAGAGUACACGGACAUGCCUUGCCUCCAUCAAAUGGACACAUUUUUCCACGAUCAUACUCAUGGUUGUUUUUUGUUUUGUUUUUGUUUACAUGUGUUUUACUUUUUUUUAAAGGGAAAUAAUUGUGUGCUAUUUCAACUUUGUUUGAAGAACAAAUGUAUUAAUGCCUUAAAACAGUUGUAUAUAACAAUCACAAUGGACAAAUUAGACUGAUAAUCCUGUCUUGUCUCUCGCAUGUCAAUUGUGCAUGUUUUUUUCCACAAUCAAAAAAAAAAAAAAUACAAAUGUUAGAAAAGAUUACAUCUGCACACCAUAUUUUGACUAUUUUCCACCUUUUUUAACAUAAAUGUACUGUCGUCCAUUGAUAGGGAAUUCGAGUUUAACACAUUUUUUUCUUUGACACUGUGCUGACUAUCUAAUAGAAAGACACUAUCUAGCUGUGUCCCCUUGUGUUUGAGAGUCCCUUUUAAGGGACCGUUUCGACAAUGACUACUAUCUAGUGAGCUCAAGGACUGGAUAUCUGAUGGACAUUAUCAUUACUUUUGCAUCACAACGUAUCAACUCGAUAUCUACUUUCUCCGCACCCGCUGCAGCACAGAAACUGCUCGUAUCCCGGCGCUCGGAUAAGCGAGUGUUUGUGUCUGCGGGGGGAUGGAACGGGGGUGUUCUGCGAUGGGCAUUUCCUUAAUUAGGGUGAGUAAUGAGUGUGGUGCAGUUGGCAUAUGUGAACAGUCCAACCCCUAAAGGAAGCACAUAUCGUGGAAAAGACGGCAGAGAAAAAGCGGAGAGUCGCAUUUUUCACUGCGCUUACCUCGGCCUUCAGCCCCAACAAUUAAGGCCGAAACAUAUGGAAAUCACUGGACAUAGCCAUGAUUAAAUAAGGCGAAUGAUUAUCCCGCCCCAAGGAAAGAAGGCACAUUAUGCUGUUUUCAAAGCCAUUUAGUGACUCUUGAUAAAAAAAUCCAGCGAGAGUCAUGAUCCGACGUAAUUAGCCCGGCUCACCCGCAGUUGCGCUCAGCGUAGCUCUUCCUAGGAGAUCGCCGACCCGGACUUAACACAGAGAUAUGACCACAAACCUCUACCACUUGAAAUGCUUUCAUCUAUUCAAACAGGCUUUGACCUUACUAGCGCACUCUGAUGCCAGCCUGAGUCAGGUAGUCUAAAUUGCUGGUUUCGACUUCGUUCAGAUUUCCGAGUCUGGAAAUGUUAUUCAUGGGAAUGGACUCCUCUGAGUUCUCUUGCCGGUUUUGUUUCGCGGGCCGCUCAGAGGACAGACUGAGAAAUGUCCACUUCUUGUGGUUGUUUUUUUAAUCCGGUGUUUAGAUGUGUGCUGUUUUUGCUGUUAGAUGUCUCUAGCUGAGGACCUCUGGAUGAGAUCGUAUUGAAUGGGGAAGUCUUUCCUUGUCCUUAGAAUGAGGCUUUUCUUCAUAGAUAAUCAAAAAAACUGGUGUCUGUGGUAAACAUCUCUUUGAAGGAGUUUUGUACAUAGCUCUCCACAUCCCCCAGUGCGUGGUGUCAAGCAGGCGACGAGUUGAGCAUGAUUCCAAAGAUAAUUGGUAGAAACCGUUUACUGUUCUUGCUGAGAUAUAUUAGUGCCGGUUCAGAAACCCUUUCGUAGAACAAAACCGACGUUCACUGCACAAACCCAUCUUCACCGUUCACCCCAACCUAAAGACAGCUGCCUUGAAAGUAUGUCUUUUGCAGGAGAGUUCAAAACUUGUUAUCCUUAAUUGUUGGUUAUAUUUAUAUAGGACUAAAAAUGCUUGUGAUGAUCUGUUUUUGUACAGUUUUAUGUACAUGCAAGUGAAGCUUUUUAAAUCUUACAACAAAAGCCGACGGCAUAUAAAAAUCGUAAAGUGUUUAUUGAGACGUGCACAUCUUGCCUUGGAUGGAUCGAUCUUUUUGCUGAGUCAGUGUGAAUGUGGCCGUUGUAUGCCUGCACCGUAGUCAUUCACUGGCUCCUGUCACAGAGGGCUUAUCAGAUUUUAUGUUUAUCGUGAACAGUGGAUUGUCCGAUCCGACUUGUUUGUUUGAUUCCCAUGUGUUUUGUUUCGUUCUGUUUCCGCAUGUUGAAAACAAACUCCUUGUAAUAAGUCCUUGCAAAGUUUGUAAUAAAAUGAG